UUCGCCUCAGUCUUCUCAACUCAAGGUCGUCGACCUAGCUGCGUGGGCGCAUAGGUAGGAGGAGGCCGUCGGAGGAGAGUACAGUCUGGAUAACACCAGUGGGCGACCUAGUCCUUGAGGCUUUCGUAACAAUACGAACUGUGUCACAGGCUAAACAACCUUCAACAGAGCCGGAAACCUCACCCUGCGCUGCGCUCACGACCGCUAACCGUGUAUCAGCUGAGCGGAGAAGAGAACAAGUAGCAGCGGCGUACUUUUGUCCACAUUUGACAUGGCGUCGAGCUCAAAAGACGAGGACAUACAGGAGUGCCUGAAGAAGUUCCAUUUUGCGGCUAUGGUCGAAACCCUGGACGUAUUCCUUGAGAAGAUGUCUGACUUCAAGAAGGCAGUAGUUGCCGGCCGCAAGUGCAGCGUUGACACCAGUUGGGUGGUGUCACAGACAUUUGCCAAUUCGACGGUUCUGCUCCGGAGUAUUCGUUUCGGGAACACGGCAGUUUUCGACUGGCUGAUGGCUACUAGAGGUAUCGAUAUUCAGCAGCGCGGCCAAAUCCCUGCAUACAUCGACGGUAGUCCAGUGAAAAACGCCACGCCGCUGUGGGUAGCGGCGGCAGGUGGCUACAAGGAAAUGACAGCAGCGUUGCUGGCACGCCAUGUCCAAGUGGACGCACGCACAGCGACCAACUCAACUCCGCUGCGAGGCGCUGCACUUAGCGGCGAGCUGGAGACUCUGAAAAUGUUGAUGAGAGCCGGUGCAGACAUUAACGCAGCGGACGAGGACGGUGUCACGCCCCUUCUUGCCGCCAUUGCUCUUGGUCAUACAAGUAUAGUUGAACUACUACUGGAGAAGAGAGCUAUUCUUGAAGGGGAUCGUGAAGGACUUGACGUGUUCAUGACAGCAGCUGUGUAUCGUCAGGAGAAGGUGCUCAACAUACUCUCCAAGGCACUGUGCGCAGCUGUGGGAAAUCGGAACAAGAUCCUGGAGGCCUAUCAUGUCCUGGGAUUCGAGUUCGCCGCAGUGAUGACAAAGGAACAGAGCCAGGGCCAAAAAAAACCCAAAAGUUACAAUAGAGCGUGGAAAACGGCACUAAUGCUGAGCAAAAAGUGGCUUGCUGCUCUGCCGAAGUACGAACCACUGGCAGUGUGUGGUGACGUGAAUGUUGAAGGCUUGUUGAACACAGAACAAUCUAUAGAUUUAUUGUGCGACAACAGUGACCAUGGUGUCAUCGAACCGCUACAACUUACGGUACUCGAAAAUUUGCUGCCUACUCAUCCGAUCACCGGCUGUCUAUUCAGGAAAGCCGCCAACUCGCGUCUGACAAACGACAGACAGUAUAAGAAAUGCCUGUCGCUAUAUGAGCACUCCAUCAAGACUAUGAAGAACUCCGACGCUACCUACUGUGGCCUCAAUGGACACGACAUUAUGUUUGAGUGGAUCCACGCCAUAAAAACGUGCAUGGAUGGAGGUUACCAGCCUGACAACUUUGCGCCAUUUGCCCAUUUCAUGUAUGGGGACUUGCAGUGGAUGAUGAAUAACCACGGACGCUCAGAGUUGGUAGAUAAUACGUUUCACUUGUCUGUCCUGCUCCUGUCGAUGUGGUACCGUAUGCCAUAUGGUGUUGAUAGCGAAGCAUUCGCCGAACGCCAGGGAAUGGCAAUUGCGUUCGGAAAUCUCGGCUACUUUGACCGGCUCCGAUCUCAGUCGGUCCUCCACUUAUUGUGCAGGGAGGAGGUAUCGGGCCUUGUGCCAGGAGUAAGCAAAGCCACUCCAGAUCACUACUUGCCCAGCGCUGACCUACUGGCAGUGUUCCUCACGACUGCAUCAGCCACCUCAAUCAAUACACGAGAUGUCAAUGGAAAGACUCCGCUCCAUGUUGCCUUGGAUACGUACCUAGCAGUGGACCGCCACAGAUCUAUGUAUACGGGUUACCCUGCCUCGCUAUACAGCAAUCAAGAUCUUGGUGUAACAAAAACACUGCUUAACACUAUAGACCCAGAGCAAAAGAGAGCGCCCGUGGAGACAGACAAGGUUCUCUUCAGCCUUCAUCCUGGUGGCAGUGGUAACACUAGAUGGAAUCCCAAGGCAGCAUACAGUGUGGAGCAGAGCCGCGAAGAAGCAAAACGUCUUGUGCGGUUACUCCUGAGUCAUGGCGCCUACUCACAGGGACGUGAUUCGGAGGGUAGCCAUCUUCCGGACAACGCCUUAGCUGCAUGUCUAACUGGAGACGAGUUAGAGCAACUGGUAAAGCUCGUUCCAAUGAAGCAACUCACUGCCAAGGCUUUUAUGGACCUGUGCCGUCAGACCAAUAACCUCUCGAUCUUAGACAAGCUGCCGCCUGUGCUGGCCGAAUAUUGUCUACAUUUCUGAUUAGCUUCGGUUCUCCGCGUAUCUCUUGGUGUAGGUACACCAUUGUGUGGAGCUGAUGUGUGGAGCCAAUAGUUUUUUUUAAAUUUCCAGAACAUGUCCGUUUCCUCACAAGAAAGUUCCGUUUGUGUUUAUGAUGCAUGCCGGUGCCGCUUGCUCUGGAAAACAAGAGCAGCUUUCCGGCCUGCCGGGCAUUAGUAAUGCUCGUUUUGCUUGUGUUCCUAGAAGUUCUCUCGAGUGGAGAGAUUAUAGUGUCUGGGUCAGGCUCAGUGCUCUAUUAAUAUUAGCCACGCGUGGCCUGGCCACAGACGGGCUGCACAUGCACUAGUUAUGGCAUGCCUGCCCUCGCCGACACGCUCUCUGAAAUUUCAACACAAUGCAGCCUAAUGAAGAAGCCCCCCCCCCUUUCCAGGCUGGCAUACAUGCAGGAGUGACCAUUUCGCCAGCAUUUUGCUUCUAAUUUUUUAGUUCGACAAAUUCUACUGCAGCUAGCUAUCUGGCUGCAGCAUCUACAUUGUAUUUUCCUAUUUUUUGUAGUACUGUUGCAGUUGCUCUCAGUUCAAAACUGUGUAUUCCACCUCUGCCAGUUGUUGUUCGCCAAACUGGACCUUCUUCACAAUGAAAAAGCGGAUGCACUUGCUUGA